AUGGGCUGGCAAGGACAAAGUGAGCUCACAAACUACACAUCAACAAGGCAGCCCUGGAGGGUGUUUUCACUUUAUCCAGCCAACGACGGCGCCUUUGAUAAGGUGGACAAUACCAUAAGCUUACUCAAAGGCCUCCAGGAGCACAGCAAGAACCACAAAUACACAGUGGUCGACGACGAGGAAGGCAAAGGCCUGCGGAACAGCGGCUACGACGUCAUUAUUAAUGUAUUAUUCAUGUUAUCGCCGAGGACCCCUACGCCGAGAUCCAUGGUGACUUUGACGAUGGGGAAAACCUCAUGCACCAUCGAAACCAGUACGCACAUAUUUUUAGCCAUGUAGCGGUUGAUGAGCCGUAUUCUGGGUUGCGCGUGAAGCAGAUCCAGAUCCGGCAGGCACACGUACCCGGAGGACUUUGUGCGGCUCAAGAAUGGCCGCGACAACGUACGCACGGCCCCAAUAAUUACCAUUUUGUACUCAAGCAGGCCGCUCUACGUCAACGCAGAAAUAAACCUCUCGGAAGCCUUCAUCCCGGCCUGGCUGCCAUGCAAACAGGCCGGCCGUGGCCUCACCGACCUUCUUUUUGGAAACGUGGACUUCACAGGCCGUCUGUCCAUGUCAUGGCCUUCCCACCCAUGUCAGUUCAAGAUCCGCAUGGGCGACGGGCAGCGACUGCUCUUUCCUUCCGGAUACGGCCUGUCGUACAAGACCAAACAACCCGAGAAAGACCUGCCACCUCUUGACGUUGUAGAGCGCAAUACGUGCCAUAAUCCAUGCAAUGAUCUAGACGGGGACGAGAACUGGGAGUCGCCCGACUGCAACUUGGGGCGAUCCUGA